AUGCCCGACGACCAACAAACGUUGAUGUCCCACCCGCUCUUUCACCACCUCGCGCAAGCUGCCGCACGCGCGUCCCAACCGUCGGGCACAUAUGACACCGCACUCCACAUGUACGACCAGUUCUGCGAGGCCUUCCAAAUCCCUGAAGCCGACCGGUUCCCCGCGUCCUUCCCAUUGCUGCACUCCUUCUGCUUGUGGGCGACCGCGGACCCGGACACCGUCGCGUCCCUAGGCCCGUCCGCAGGAUCCUUUCCGCAGGAGCCCAUUUCAGCCAGCAAAGCCCGCGAGUACCUUAGGGCGCUGCGCGCGUGGCACGUUGCGCAGGGGUGGCACGAUCCACUGUCGAAGGGCGACGAAACUCGUAUCGAGUGGUCGCUGCGCGGAGUCGCGAACAUUCAAGCUGGACGGCGUUGA